AGCCAUGCGCAUCAAGAGCGCGUGACUCACAGUUCCUCAAUAUCUUCUCAAAAUCACAGGCUCUGAUAAUUUCUUCUCUACAGAAGAGAGAGAGAGAGAAGCAGAUCUUGUCAUCACGAUCCUUGCAAUAAGAGAGAGAGAGAGAGAAUGUCUGGAAUGGUUGAUGCGAGCUCGUGGGGCGCGGCGUUGGUAAGGAUCUCUCCGUACACUUUCUCCGCAAUCGGAAUCGCCAUCUCGAUCGGCGUCUCCGUCCUCGGUGCCGCCUGGGGGAUUUACAUAACGGGAAGUAGUUUGAUCGGUGCGGCCAUUGAAGCGCCUCGUAUCACUUCCAAGAAUCUCAUCAGUGUUAUCUUUUGCGAAGCUGUUGCUAUAUAUGGCGUUAUUGUUGCUAUCAUCCUGCAAACGAAGUUGGAGAGUGUACCGACUUCAAAGAUGUAUGACGCGGAGUCUCUCAGAGCUGGAUAUGCAAUCUUCGCAUCUGGAAUCAUAGUUGGAUUCGCCAACCUUGUAUGCGGGUUAUGUGUAGGAAUCAUUGGAAGCAGUUGCGCACUAUCUGAUGCUCAAAACUCAACACUCUUUGUGAAGAUUCUUGUGAUUGAGAUCUUCGGAAGCGCUCUGGGGUUGUUUGGAGUUAUCGUGGGGAUCAUUAUGUCCGCACAAGCAACAUGGCCGACCAAAUAGAGAUAUAACCGGUCUGAAACUGUUGAGAUAUUUGGAAAGAACAUGGCUUCUUGAUUAUCUUCGUUGUUAUAUGGAUACUCUCAUAUGUCUAGAAGAAAAACACUGUGUGGGAGAACUGAGAACCACUUUUGGAUCCCUGAAUUUUUUUGUAUUAUUUAAAAAAUUGGAAUAAGUCACGUUGGAGAACGUCUUCUUCAUGUUUGUAUUCACGUUGGUUGUUCUUUAUUUAUUAAAGACAGAGUUUGUA